CCCAUUUUUGUAGGGAAAGUCACGUUACUGUGUCUGAAGCCGUUGGUUUCGAACCGCCUGGCUCUGUAUCUCUAGGUAUUAUCUUUAAAAUGUUCAUACAUUUCCUUGAGAUAUCAAUUUUGCAAUAUUUGUAAAUGGAUAACAUGGUUUAGCUUGAACACGAGGAUUACAGCGGAAACCAUCUAUCAAAAGAUUUCAGACAAAAUUGCGGAGUUCCUCCUAUGGAUGGUGGAGCAAUGAGCUUCUGAAAGACACUUGAUCACAUGUGAAGGAGCACGAGAGGAGUCUGCAGGCACAGUCAUGCCCCCGAAAACAUGUCAGGACUCUGGGGUUAAGGCCUGUACUUCAGUGUACGUCAAACAGAGAGACAAAGACCUCACACCAGCUCCUAUCCUGCGCUGACCCCAUGGUUUAACCACCAGGAUUAAAAAUGAGCAUUAGCAGUGAUGAGGUCAACUUCCUGGUGUACAGAUACCUGCAAGAGUCGGGCUUCUCCCACUCGGCUUUCACCUUUGGCAUAGAGAGCCACAUCAGCCAGUCCAAUAUCAACGGAGCCCUGGUGCCCCCUGCUGCCCUCAUCUCCAUCAUCCAGAAGGGCCUGCAGUACGUGGAGGCAGAGGUCAGCAUCAACGAGGAUGGCACUCUUUUUGACGGGCGGCCCAUCGAGUCGCUGUCCCUGAUCGACGCGGUUAUGCCCGACGUGGUGCAGACGCGGCAGCAGGCCUACAGAGAAAAGCUGGCCCAACAGCAGCAGGUGGGCAGCACCAGCGGCACCCAGGGCCUCCAACCUGGCGGUGCCAAGAACGGAGAGGGAGGCACGGCUGCCAACGGCGAGGAGAACGGCGCCCAUGGCUUAGCCAACCACCAUGCAGAGAUGAUGGAGGUGGACCAGGAUGUGGAGAUCCCCCAAAACAAGGCCAUGGUGCUGAGGGGCCACGAGUCAGAGGUGUUCAUCUGUGCCUGGAACCCCGUCAACGACCUGCUCGCCUCUGGGUCUGGGGACUCGACGGCGCGGAUCUGGAACCUGAGUGAGAACGGCACGGGCAGCUCCACGCAGCUGGUGCUGAGGCACUGUAUACGGGAGGGAGGCCAGGACGUACCCAGCAACAAAGACGUCACCUCACUGGACUGGAAUAGUGAGGGUACGCUGCUAGCCACAGGCUCGUACGACGGCUUUGCCAGAAUAUGGACUAAAGACGGUAACCUCGCCAGUACCUUGGGCCAGCAUAAAGGUCCUAUAUUUGCCCUUAAAUGGAAUAAGAAAGGAAACUUCAUCCUCAGUGCAGGAGUAGAUAAGACCACCAUCAUUUGGGACGCUCACACAGGAGAGGCCAAGCAGCAGUUUCCCUUCCACUCUGCGCCGGCCCUGGACGUGGACUGGCAGAGCAACAACACCUUUGCCUCCUGCAGCACAGACAUGUGCAUCCACGUGUGUAAGCUGGGCCAGGACCGGCCUGUCAAGACUUUUCAGGGACACACGAAUGAAGUGAAUGCAAUCAAGUGGGAUCCCACGGGGAGUCUGCUGGCCUCCUGCUCUGACGACAUGACACUCAAGAUUUGGAGUAUGAAGCAGGACUCGUGUGUCCACGACCUGCAGGCCCACAGUAAGGAGAUCUACACCAUCAAGUGGAGCCCCACGGGGCCCGGGACCAACAACCCCAAUGCCAACCUGAUGCUGGCCAGUGCGUCGUUUGACUCGACGGUGCGUCUGUGGGAUGUGGAGCGAGGCGUGUGCAUCCACACGCUCACCCGCCACCAGGAGCCCGUCUACAGUGUGGCCUUCAGCCCCGACGGGCGCCACCUGGCCAGCGGCUCCUUCGACAAGUGUGUCCACAUCUGGAACACACAGACGGGUGCUUUAGUCCAUAGCUAUAGGGGAACGGGGGGCAUCUUCGAGGUGUGCUGGAACGCCACGGGCGACAAGGUGGGAGCCAGUGCAUCAGACGGAUCGGUUUGUGUAUUAGAUCUGAGGAAAUGACGCUCGUUUGGGGAGCCAUGGACCGACUACGAAUGUGUACAUAGCCAAAAUGACUGUCCCUGCCUGUCGUCUACACUGCUGUAGUCCCAUCAGAAGCCAUGGCCUGCCAUCACAACCACCACCACAGACGGAGUGUCCAACACCCACAUAAACACUUAAACUACACCUCCAGAGAAGGGGUCAAACUAACCUCCAGUGAAGGGGGUCUGCCCCCCCACCCCACCCCAUCAAGUCACUCAGACCCACAGGAGAGAGAAAUUACUUUUACGUUCAGAGAAUUUAAAAAAUCCCAAAGGGGACCCAUUGCAUACAUACCAAAAUAUCUGCUAUUUUGUUUACUUUGUUUAUUUUUAUCCUUUAUACCAGGAAUUAGACGUCUUUUUUUCCCCUCGUGUCGUUGGUGUGUGCAUAUUGUACAUGUCAGCAUGUUUUGUUGUCCUUUUGCCGUAGGUUUGUGUUACAUGUCGGGGUAAGAGUGGAGAGGUCAGUAGGCUUUUUGUUUAUUUUACCAUUUGGUUUUGAAACUGUUUAUUGGGAGAAAUCCAUUCACUUUGGCACUGUAUUUUUUUUUUUAUGGCUCAAGAAAACAUUGAACAAAUCUAUAUUUCAUAAGUUGAAAUGGGUUAAUUGUAAUUGUAAUUUUGAUGCUUGUUUUUCAGUUUGCCCAAAAUUGUUUGUUUAAAUUUUUUGUUGUUGUUGUCAGAGCAUUUAGUGAGGAGGAAUGCCCAAUGUCUCAUUUUGCUUGUUUACCUUGAGAAAUGGUUUCAGGUGUGAACUGUUAGAUCUCUGGACUAAAGAUCAUCACCGUUAGCUACUACAUAACCCCAUCCUGUCAUAUUUUAAGGACAUGUUUAGGUUUCAGUGUUAUGUAGAAGGAAAGGCUGAUUGUCCAUCUGUGCCUCCGUGGCUCUUUUAGCCAGAACACAGGAAUGACAGUGCUUUGGGUAGCUCAUGAAUGAAUAGGACACAGGACAACCCCCAUAUAAACGCCGAUGUCAAAGUUAGCCGGGAGUUUUCAUACCUGAAAUUGGUCAAACAUGAGAUUUUGUCAACGUUCCAAGACUACUUUUGGGUCGUAACUUCUGACCAACUUUGAUUUUGGAGUGAACCAUUGUUUCAAGUGUUCUGUUUGAGGACGCCCUGCUGCGUCUGCUCUUAGGUCAUUGUGGAUGAUUGAUUUUCUACCCAGCACCAACACUUGGGAGACAGGCUGUGUCAAGGCCUGUGCAUGGACAGAUGGUGCUUAUUUCUUUUGUGGUGGUCAGAAGGUGAUGUUUUCUAGGCAGGGAGAUGAGAAGUGGACUUUGGAACAUAUGACUUGACGUAACAUUCUAACUACAUAUAAUAUAUAUAUAUAUUAUAUAUGUGUGUGACAUCACAGGGGAUUCUUUUUGUAUGGCUCUUGUAUGCAAGGUUGGUUUUGAGAAAUUCUCCAUAACUCGAAGACACGCUUGGAAAUGUGUUAUUCUUAUGCAUCAUGUGGGUCUUUCACCAUGAGAAAUGGUUCUUUAUAAAAUACCAUUAAACGGUCAUAGCUGUAAAAGAGCAGCCCUAAGAAUGGGUUUGUUUUUAAGUUAUUUUCUGCACUUAAGAAUAAUGCAAAACAGGGACAUGUGUUCAAGCAAGGGUUGGGGGUCAUUUCCAUUUGGAUUCAUUCUGGAAGUGAACUCCCAAUUCUAGAAUUUGAAUAAAAAUAUUAAUUGAAAAUAAAUGGCAACUUUUUUUCCCGUUAUUGAAUUGGAAUUUGAGCACUUUAAAAUGGCUUUGACCACCAACCCUGGUUGGUACUUCCAGACGCAGGAUAAUGCUGUUAGUUUAAUAUCUCUCCAGUAGCUGAACGCGUGCAGUCGUUCUGUGAAAAAGCGAGGGACAAUAGUAGUUUCUAAACUGUUGACUUGUUGGGUACACAUUGGAUCCAACCCAACUUCAUGGCAUUCCAACAUACCAUCUCUUAGCCCUAGCUAACAUCCAGUGGCUUUAAAAACACCCAUGUUUUAUUUAACAAAAAAAAUUAUCCAAAAGCCUCCUUUGCUCAAAGAAUGUCACUUGUUUUACAAAAGCAUUUUGUACAGAAGCUAUCUAAGAGUAUUUUGAAGUUUGCUUUAAUAUAACCAACAGUGAGUGGAUCGUACCAUGAAGACUAUUAGGAAGUCUGACAGUGGAAUGGUAUUUUAUAAUGUUUGUUUUAAAAUGAUCUUUUUACACUGCAUUCAAGUGUUUGCUAUUUCUUGUUCCUACCUACAGUACUAAUUCUCUUUGCUAUGCCUAAAAAGCUCUUGAAGGUUUUGUACUCUUUGAAAAACUUUUAUAAUUCUGAUUUAUUUGUAGCUAUGUACGCAAAAAUGAACAAGAACAAUAAAUCUAAACUUUAAUGUGGAUGUAUCCAUAACACCCUGGACCAUGUAGGUAAAUACCAGUGUGCAGAUUUUUUUGGUUUUUGUUUAAUUUUGUCUUUGCCCUCACCCAUGUUAUCUUCUCUCACUCACACAGAUGCUGAGACUCUCUGCAACCUACGCAUCUGACUGUUGUAAUAUCAAUCAGACCUUUGAAACGUCUAGAAUAAAAAAUCUAUUUUGAUAA